UUCUCAUUCCCACUUGAACUUUUCACUAAACAUCAUGGCGGAGAGCUCUCAGUUCACCGAGGGAGACUACUAUCAGGAGUGUUUUAACUCAAGAGCCUACAUGAAUUGUUUUUAUCGUCUUCGAGAAGGUCACUCGGAUGAGGAGGAGUAUCUUAGUUUUGUUUUAGGAUGCCUGAGCAAGAUUUUUUUGACUGGCCAGAUCAAAGGGAGGAGGCUGAUUGAAGUGGGAAGCGGGCCGACUAUUCACGCCGUCAUCAGCGCGUGCGAGCACUUCGACGAGCUCGUGCUGUCUGAUUUUACAGACAGGAAUCGCGAAGAAAUCGAGAAAUGGUUAAAGAACGAAGACGGGUGCUUCGACUGGAAGCCCAUCAUCGAAUAUGUGUGUAAACUGGACGGUAAAAGAUUAUCUGAUGUGGAAGUGAAACUCAGACAGCGGGUGAGACGAGUGCUGAAAUGUAACGUCCUCUCAGACAACAUGUUUCAGCCAGAGAUCAUUAAACCUGCAGAGUGUGUGAUAACAUCCCUGUGUCUUGAGGUAGCGUGUAAAGACCUACCAACGUACAGGGAUGCACUCUGUAGAGUGUCGAAGCUGGUUAGUCCAGGUGGGGCUUUGGUGAUGAUUGGGGUUUUAGGAGAGACCUUCUAUUAUAUUAAUAAAGUCCGCUUCUCUUGCCUGAAACUAAGCAAAGAAACGAUUGUGGAGAUUAUCAGAAACCUAGGCUUCAUUCUGCAGAAAUUUGAGGUUUUUCACUCAGAUGAUCAUGAGAGAAACAAAGUUUCAGAUCAUGAAGCUUUUUUCUUUCUCACCGCUCUGAAGCCUAACAAGUCUACUUAAGCAUGUCCUAACAUAACCCAACAUAACAUACAUAACAAACAACAAACAUAACAUACAUGAAAACAUAAACAUUGCAUUAAAAAAACAAACAUUACAUGAACAUAACAUACAUACAUAAUAAAAAACAAACUUCACACAUAAAACAAACAUUACAUAAAUAUAACAUACAUAAGAAUCAUAACAAUCAAACUUAACACAUAACAAAGCAGACAUUAAAUAACAAACCCAACAUAACAUACAUAAACAAACAUAAAAUAAACAUAUAACGAAUGCUUUUAGUUGCCUUCUGGGCUUUCAGCAGUAGAUUACUAGAUUUCUGGCAAAUUUAGCUAGCUAACACAACCCCACCAGCAUUAUACAGUAUUACCUACCUGGCAUUAAAUAGCUGCUUUUUGUAGCUUAUUAUUUCUAAUAAUGAUUUUAACCUGAGAAUAGCAAGCAAAUCCAAUCAUGAGUGAACAAAAAUAAAUAACAAAUAAUAAUGUCAGUGUAUAUCCAAUGUGGUUUAAGACAUCUUUUAGUUCUUAUAUUAGUUUGCGGGAAUAAAAUCUAAAAUCCAUCAAUGCAUAGCCAAUGAAACAGUUAACCUUGAUCUGUAAAUUAUAAGACAAUGGAUAAUGAUGACGUUGGACAAACUAUUAUACGCACAUACUGUUAAGGCAAAA